CUGCUGCUGCCGCUACCCACACGCACGCACGCCUCCCUCUUCACCUGGCCUGCGCCGCGGAGCCGCCCCUUCCCCGUUCCCCCCUCCACGCCUCGGUGCAUGGAUCUCUGAUCGGUCCUCCCCUCCCUGUCGCCCAGAACAGCGCCUCGCCAUGGCCGACUCCCCGAGCGCCACCCCCGCGGCCGAUGGCUCGGCCGUUGCCAAGAAGGCCCCCACCAAGCCGAACUACACCCAGACCCACGUGCUGCACGGGCACAAGAAGUCCAUCUCCUCGGUCAAGUUCUCCCCCUGCGGUCGGUUUUUGGCCUCGGCCUCCGCCGACAAGACCAUCAAGCUUUGGGACGUCGACACCGGGGCCCUGCUGGCCACGCUGGACUCGCACACCGGCGGCAUCUCCGACAUCGCCUGGUCCUCGGAUUCCACCCUUCUGGCUUCGGCCUCCGAUGACAAGACCGUCCGCAUUUGGGACGUCGAGCGCCGCGUCUCCAUCCGCACCCUGCACGGGCACAACAACUAUGUGUUCUGCGUGAACUUCAACCCGGCCUCCACCCUCCUGGCCACCGGGUCCUUCGACGAGACGAUCCGCAUCUGGGAGGUCCGCACCGGCAAGUGCCUGCGCGUGCUGGACGCCCACUCGGACCCGGUGACGGCGGUGCACUUCAAUCGCGAUGGCACCCUGGUGGUCAGCUCCAGCUACGACGGGCUGAUCCGCAUCUGGGACACGGCCACCGGGCAGACGCUCAAGACCCUGGUGGAUGAUGACUCGCCGCCGGUCUCCUACGUCAAGUUCUCCCCCAACGGCAAGUACAUCCUGGCCGCCACGCUGGACCACACCCUGCGCCUGUGGAACUACUACACCUCGCGGUGUCUGAAAACCUACACCAGCCAUCAGAAUGACCGGUACUGCGUGUUUGCCUCCUUCUCCGUGACCGGCGGCAAGUGGAUUGUCUCCGGCAGCGAGGACCACUGCGUGUACAUCUGGAACCUCCAAACCAAGGAGGUGGUCCAAGUGCUGAAGGGCCACACGGAUGUCGUCCUGACGGUGGCGUGCCAUCCGAACGAGAACAUCAUCGCCUCCGGGUCGAUUGACAGCGACAAGACCAUCCGGCUAUGGCGCUCGGACUAUUGAGGAGAAGCCAAAAAAAAAAAAAGGAGCCGGCAGAGCGGGGGCGCGCGGUGCCAUGCAGAAAGCCGCCGGCCCUCUUGCUGCGGCAUCCUGGCUCUCUCGCUCUCCCCAUGUUUGGCCCUCCGGCGCCAUGUCCAUUCUCCUCCUCCUCCUCCUCCUCUCCCUUCCCUUUGUAUCGCACACACCCGAGGCGGCGCGGCGGCCAGUAGUUUGCUCGCGCCCGGCAAAAUCGGCGCAGGCGGUGGAAUGGGGCACAACAAAAAUCUGUACACUAUGAGACGUCACACCGCGCGCGCGCGCGCGCGCGCGCACGCGC